AUGACUACUAGGCCUACAGAUGUGAACGAGAAGGUAUAUUUAUCUAUGAGCAACUUUUAUUUUGCUGUUUAAGUUGGUGAAAAUCUCGCUGGUCAUGCAACAUUUAUAUAUUUCCGAACUAGACUGCACAUUUUUUCACAAAUUAUUACUCUUAUCUUGACUUGCAGAGCAUUCAAACUCUGAGAGCACUCUACGGCAAAAAUAAGCCCUCAUCGAAAAAGAUUCAAGCAACUGAAAUGUUUAUGAAAGGGGAGAAUUCUUUUCUGGUAAUUGCGAGAGUCCUGAACGUUGCUACUGCCACAGCAGAAGUAUAUGCAAUCGACGGAUAUUGUUCUGGUGCCCCAUUAUCUUACCAAGACCUGGCACCACAAUUUAAUUCAAGUUAA